AUGCCCAAGUUCUUCUGCGAUUAUUGCGAUGUCUACCUCACGCACGAUUCCAUGAGCGUCCGCAAGGCUCAUAACAGUGGUCGAAACCAUUUGCGAAACGUAGUUGAUUAUUACCAACAAAUCGGCCACGAGAAGGCUCAAUCCGUCAUCGACUCCAUCACCUCUUCUUACGCUGCCGAAGGCCAAGCACACGCAAAUCCUAUGCUUCCUCAAAAUCAACCAGGACAGGGCUUUCCUCCCCCUCCUUUUGCGUUCCCAGGUGGUAUCCCUCCUCCGCCUUUCCCGGGGAUGCCAGGUGCGCCUCCUGGACAAUUCCCUCAAGGACUACCCCCCCCUCCUGGCGGUGGUCGAGGCAUGCCCCCGAUGCCCCCAUUCCCUGGGCCCAAUGGCAUGCCAGUACCUCCUAACGGUCUUCCAUUCCCUCCUCCUCCAGGCGGCUUCCCGUUCCCUCCUCCGGGUGCUCCAGGAGGACCUGGUGCUUCCGGCGGUGCCCCUCUUCCUUUUCCUGGCAUGCCUGGCAUGCCUCCGCCCGGCCAAGGAUUUCCACCACACGGAUUUGCUCCUCCUGGAGCCGGAGCUCCUGGACAUGAGAAGCGAUGA